UGUCACCACCAUUACUCCAAGCUAAUACACUCGUUCACUCUUUCGCCAAACUUCACAAUGGCCGAUCGUCUCGUAGGCCUCAGCAUGCUCGUCGCAGCGACUGCCAUCUUCGUCUACUACACCGUCUGGACACUGUUCAUGCCAUUUGUUGACGACGACCACAUCCUCCACUCCCUCUUCCUCCCACGCGUCUGGGCCAUCCGCAUCCCCGUCAUCCUCCUCAUCCUGGGCACUACGGUUGUUGGCAGCUUCCUUUCAGUGGUCAUGAUCAGAAGCAAUCGGAAGAAGGCACUCAAGGCCAAACAGAAGAAGGCUUCAUAAAUGCUCACGGCAUUGGGUACGAGUGAUAAUAUUCGAUAAAAGGGGUCAGCUUGAAGCGGCGCAAGAACAUUUAGU